UGCUCCUAAUGCUGCUAUCGAAGCCACUCUUUGUGUCCUUUUCUUUGCGAUGGCUGGACUCGUCCAGCCUAGCUAUUCGUAUUCUGGAGAAUGCCAUAGCUUCUUCUUAUCAUUUUGUCCUUUGUUCCUAUCUUGCGUUGUUCUAGCGUUCUUAUGAGUCUUGCUUGGGGUCGGAAGCUGGUUUCGUGAUUGCAGAAUGUGAGUGCUUCAGGUGUGGUACCGAGAAUUGCGUACCAGGUAUGAAGGUUUGGUGAUCUAGCGAACGCGACUGCGCAAUCAUUUGCCGGCUUGUGCUGUGAGGUCUUUCUUUGAUCAUCGGACGUACUGUUUAGUUUCCCUUUGGAUUUGGGUGAGUCAACGGCUAUUCGUGAGUGACGCGUAGGUCUUCUCACUGUUGAUCGAUCCUAGAACGUGGUGUCGAAUCGAUGUUACAUUGAGCGAAAUCUGUAUUUUUUUAAAAAAAUUGUUCUGGAUUAUCUCUCUUUUUUCUUUUUUCUUUCAUAUUAUUAUUUUUUAGUUUGUUUUUCUCUUCUACUUGUACGCCCGCAAGAGCGCGGUUGAAGCCUGAAAUUGUGGUUUGGAGAAUUUUGCCUUGAGUCGGAGGUAGAAGCGGAGUGUUCAAACGCAUAAUCCGGUCUCAGACCUCGCGAAUUCAGUACACUGCGUUGCUGGACAGUUACACGAUAGGUUUUAAAAGGGUUUGGAGAGACGAGGGGGUAUGGCGAAGGAUACGACAGGCGUGAGGAGUUGUCGGUGAGUGCAUAAGAAAGGUGGAGAGUUUGCGUGGUGUUCGUGUAUGGUUGACCUCCGGUGAUCGGAGAUGGACGUCAGCGAUGGUGAAAAGCUUGAUAGAGCCUGGGUUGACGACGGUGGCCCUUCCACUUCUACAACUCUUCCGCAAGAGGGCAUCACUAGAACCAAAGCGGUGAUGGCGACUAAAGAGAGCCAACCUCCCUUCCAGCCCACUCUACCCAAUCAUAUUGAGGUAAUUAGCGACUCAGUUUACACAGACGCGCCGCGUCUGAUGGCCAAGACGUCACAACCUGGAAAGGUCUCCACGCGAGGAAAUGUGCCCAGGCGAAGCUCGCAGGUAAAGAGAAUACCCGACAACGAAGGCCAGCCUCCGUCAGACGGGAAACAUGUCAUUCAGCUAUCUGAGAAACGAACUGCUUCAGAGCCAGUGGGUGCAUUUCUCGAUUCGGUACUGGGAAGCCCUGGGCCAAGUGCGGCACAUGAACUCACCAGUAAUAACCCAACAGAGGGUGAAGUAGAAAUGAAGAGUAUCGCCCGUUCAGUAUCAAUGCCGCUCAACAAGCUAUCCCUUCCUCCACCUAGGAAGCCCGCGGGUCCAAGUACCGGGGCAACCGUGCUGCUCAAGUCUAUCACUCCACGCACCAUUGGCACAACCCCAGGUGACGAGAUUUCUGCCACGAAAGACGUCGAUUCCACCGCAACACAAAGCGACACAGAGAAGGGUGAGAAAAGCCCAAAAUGUGGAGAUGAAGAGAUUCCCGAAGAGGAGGCUGUGUGCAGGAUAUGCUUCGAAGAGCUCUCUGAGAAACACGGCGAGACUUUCAAGAUGGAGUGCAGCUGCCGGGGAGAGAUGGCGCUAGCACACAAAGAUUGCGCUCUCAAAUGGUUCAGCAUCAAAGGGAACCGCACAUGCGAUGUCUGCGGUCUCGAGGUUUGCAAUCUGCCAGUUACGGUCGUUCGCCAGAGUCAACAGCCUUCUUCUUCUCAACCUUCAGUCCAGCUCCUCGAUGCCGCAAAUCCACGUAGGGUGUGGCAGGAUGUGCCCGUGUUGGUGAUGUUGAGUAUGCUGGUGUACUUCUGCUUCCUCGAGCAGCUCCUGGUGGGCCGAAUGGGAUCUGGAGCACUGGCGAUCUCUCUUCCGUUCUCCUGUGUGUUGGGUCUGCUUGCUGCAAUCACGGCCUCAAACCUUGUGGAGAAGCGCUACGUGUGGUUGUACGCGAUAUGCCAACUUGCGCUGGUCGUCUGCUUCGCGCACAUUUUCUACGACGUGGUGGGUGUGGAGUCCGUCCUGUCGAUACUGCUUUCAGCGUUUGUGGGGUUUGGAAUCGCCAUGUUAACGAGUACCUUGAUCAUUGAGAUCCACAACUUCAAGCAGCGAACAGCACAGCGAGCGCGAAGGGGGAGGGAGGUGAGAGAGGGGGUGGGUUCUGUCUCUGCCUGAAACAGGUGCGCAGGUAGCGUCUGGAGAUCAGCAAAGCGAUCAGGUGGUGUUGCAGAUGGAAGGCGGUGGGUUCUCAAGCCUGUGGCGGCAACCGAGUGAUCACCGUGCUCAGGUAACUGCACUUCGUGAUCACAGAGGUGCUGCCACAUCCUUAUCGUGAUUAAUACGUGUUUUCUUUGAGUUUCUUCCGAAUCAAGAACAGCUGGACUUGAGUAAGGGUUUGGGGAAUUAGCACCAACUAAUUGCAUAUGAACCUUCACAAGCUAGAUUCCUGAUAGCUCAUCACGUUGUGUGCGUAGUUAGUGCUUAUUGUAAUUAGAAGGUGAGGAAUAGAACUAGCUGAAGGCCUCCAGGUAUCAGACAAUGUAAAAAGUAUGCAAAGAUGUACCAUAUUGUAAUUUUUUGCGUGCGCUGGAGGUAUGAUUGUGGAUGUCAGCGGAGAGCGAAGGGAGUGAGAGCCGUACGACAUCACCUAGUGGGGAUAAAGUAGCUUCGUUCCGCAUUGUUCCAAAUUGUACUGUAGAGUCGAACAAGUUCCAUGUAGAUUCGGAAGAUUUUCUCUGUAUCAUGAAGCAGCAAAAGAAUACUAGGUUCAGCUGCGGUCAAGUUGAUCAGAACCAGUUGAUGUAAACAGCCACAUAAUGUGUUCUUAAUUUACACAAAAUUAAGAAUGA